AUGUCCACAGACAGUUCUCCUCUCGCCAGCACGGUCCUGGGUGACAAAACAAACAUCGAGACCCAUGAUGUGCAGACAAAGACCAAGAAUGGGACGACAGUCACCAACACCAGCAAGAAACACGAUGAAUAUCAGUACCUAGAUGCCAUAAAGGAAAUCCUAGAUCAUGGCUGCCUGCGGGGAAACAGAACAGGGGUUGACACGAAGUCUGUUUUUGGCAUGCAGAUGAGAUACAGUUUACGAGAAUCCUUUCCACUACUGACCACAAAACGAGUGUUUUGGAGAGGCAUUCUGGAAGAGUUGCUGUGGUUCAUACGCGGGUCAACGAAUGGUCAUGAACUGUCGGAGAAAGAAGUCCAUAUUUGGGAUGCAAAUGGAUCUCGUGAGUUUCUGGACAGUCGAGGUCUUUGUGACAGAGAAGAAGGAGACCUUGGACCAGUGUAUGGCUUCCAGUGGCGACAUUUUGGAGCUGAGUAUACAAACAUGCAUGCUGACUACACAGGGCUGGGCGUGGAUCAGCUGAGGACUGUCAUCGAGAAGAUCAAGAAUGCUCCAAAUGAUCGUACUAUUGUCAUGUGUGCUUGGAAUCCAAAAGAUUUGCCACAAAUGGCUCUGCCACCCUGCCACUGUCUUGUUCAGUUCUAUGUGGCUGAUGGAGAAUUGUCUUGCCAGUUGUACCAGAGAUCAGCAGACAUGGGACUGGGCGUGCCAUUUAAUAUAGCCAGCUAUGCUCUCCUGACCUGCAUGAUUGCCCAUGUGACAGGACUUCAGCCAGGAGAUUUUGUGCACUCCCUGGGUGAUGCCCAUGUGUACGUGAACCACGAGGCACCUCUAAGGGAACAGCUUGGGCGCGAUCCACGGCCAUUUCCUCAUUUGGUUAUCAAGCGAGAUGUCAAGGACAUUGAAGACUUUAAAGUUGAUGACUUUGAGAUUACAGACUACAACCCACAUCCGAAAAUCAAGAUGGAUAUGGCUGUGUAA